AGAAUGCUUUCUUUUCUAUAAGCCUACCGUGUCGAUUUCUGUCUUUCGUUCUGUUUCCCAGUACAAAUAUCGAUAACUUCUAAUCUUUAAUACUGUGUCUUUGCCGCUGUUGUCGCCCGACAUGAAUGCCUCAGCAACGAUCCGUGCUUCAUACAUCCGCCAGGCGCGGAUGAGCAUGACGCCUCGUCCACAUAGCAUAUCGGAGACGUUAUCAAUCGAUCUCCAGCCACGCCCCGCUUCAACCGAGAAGCUCCAAUCUUUCGUUCACGUCAAUCACAUCGAACACCGCGAGAAAUGCCACACCGAGCGUACUUCGCAGCCGACCUUUUUCGAUGUCGAGCAGAACGCCGAUAACAGCCAAGCACAUAUCGAUGGCUGCUACCUCGAGACCACUUCGGUCAUGGAAUGGGACAGCAACAGUUCCGUAAAAGUGCGGCUAAAAUCCAUGUUCACAAUCUUUCCUUACCGCGACCCUAUCUACCUCGUAGCGAUUAUCUUCCUCAUUGGAUCUAUCGACCUCGUCAUCAACGCCACCUUCGAUCUACUACCUCGCAUCAACCCUUCCACGAUGUUCGAAACCGAAGAGACUGUCGCCGUCCCUAGUACGAUAUUGAUCGGAUCAAUCUUCUUCUUCGUCGCAGGCAUCUUCGAUACCUUCAGUGCUCUUAAUGCGGACCGCGGUACGCUUGAAACAUCAAAGUUGGAGCCUGCAAAGGUCAGAUAUCGGCCAGCGCUCCUCGGCACACCGGAGUUCAAAUGGAUACCGUCAUGGGGGAAGGUAUGGGAGUUGACGGCUACCAACCUGGCCUUCCAGGCGGGCCUCAUCGUUCUCUUCGGAGGCAUCAUCUUCAUGUUCGCUGGUGUUGUCGACUUCCCCGGCGUUGUCUCAGAAGAAGACCCUCUCUUUGGUUAUAUUGUUUUCGGACCGCAGGUUGCACAUGGUGCGCUCUUCUUGGUCGCGAACGCUAUGCUUGCGUUUUCCGAACAAGAGCGCUGGUACAAGCCCAGGUUCUUCCACUCGGAUUGGCAAAGCGCCUGUCUAAACGCGCUUGGUGGGCUCGGCUUCAUGAUGGCUGGUUUCUUUCUCUUUCAAGAUGGGGAGAACAAAGAACAGGGCAAGGUGCAUGCAGCUAUCGCGGCAAUGGCAGGGAGCUGGGCUUUCUUGAUAGGCAGCGUGAUCAGGUGGUAUGUUGUUUUGGAGUUCUGGUAAUGCUUACGACGGUGUUACUGUGACUAUUAUAUCGGGAUGUACCUCAACUUAUCUAAUCACGACCACAUUCAUUAGCGUUGUCUUUGUUGUUACGUCAAGCUGGGAAAAGGUCAAACACCCUAGAGCCUACAUCGGCGUUGGAUUUCCUAUCUUGCAUGUUUUUAUUCUAAUGUAGUCUGCAACCUGUUUAGUCUUUUCCUUGUACAAGGUGUUGUCUUCAGCGCAUGUUAGAUAGAGAUCGCUAAUUUAUUGAUCUACUUUGUGGCCCGUCCACAUCACGGG